GAUUACGUGAACUUGACGAUCAAGCAAGAGUGCAACCUCGCGAUCACGUGGCGUACCUGGCCCAUUCUGGACGAAGAAAAGAUUUCUAGGUUUGAAACAAAAAGUGGGAACCCCCGGGACACAACUGCACCAGAAAUCAGUAUACCGAAGCACGUUGUCGCACUGUCUUCGUUCUUGACACGAGUUUUCUGCGCUGUCUACCGCUGCGGACGCUUCGUUUUCAUAAAGAUGAAGAAGGUAGUCAAGUGUGUGGCGCGAUAUGUUUUUGCGUUGAAGAAGAGGAAGCAAGGAAGUAGAGCAGGACGGGACCACGGAGCGGGAGAUCUUCAAGCUGCGGGCAACAAGAGAACGGCUGUGUCGGGAAGUUCUGACUCCGAAAAAGAAAGUUUACUACAAAUCAGCGGUAAAAAGGUGGACGACGUCGACGCGACGACAGGGAAACAAGGCACGCGCGAUGCUGCUCCCUUCUUCUACGUGCACGGGCAAGAUACAAAUAACCUCAAGUUUUUGAACAUGGCGAUGCUCGGGUAUGGGCUUUGCGCCGCUCUCACGGCCGGCGGUUUUUUUGGAUCUCUCUUGCGAACGACCGCGGUCGUGAGCGAUGGACUGUCUGGAGCUCCUCCGGCGAACAAUUUAAUCUUUCACAGUGGAGCCCGACGAGAAUAUGCUCGGGAUUACGCGCCGCCGCAACCGGUUUUCUUGCACGCGGGAUGGGCACAAAAUGUGCCUGGCCAACAAACCGCCCAUACCGGUGCGAACUACGUUGCUCCGCAUGGUCCCCCCGCUGCACAGCAUCAUCAAGUGCACCCCGAUCGUGUGAUUGGUGAUCCCCGUGAGCUAGAGCCGCUGCGAGACCGCGUUUCGCUCCACAAUAACGCCCUUGAUUCUGGCAACGGCAACCUUCAGCAGCAGCAGCAGCAGCGGAAUAUUUUUAUGCCUCCACGAGACCAACCGCACGGCCAAUUGCCUCCCAACGAUCAUCAACCUCUCUUCCACCAUUGGCACCACUCUCCGCUUGCGGUGAUGCAGAAGAUUCUCACCUGCAGCUUUCUGUUUCUAUGUCUGGUCUUUUUUGCCACGCUAGUCUAUAAGGCGUACAAGCUGCUGCGCGCUCUGAAGCGGUUCGACAAGGUGAAUCAGCGAACGGAGGGGAAAGUUGAUAGCUCGAAAAAUAGCCGGAAAGGACGACACGAGACUGUCCGCGUGGCCACCAGAAUUGUCGACGGCAGCACUGCUCUGGCGCUUGGAGCCGAUCUAUUCCGUGAGGGGUGCGAGAAAAAUGUCAGUAGCACAGCAGCAUCGACUCUUCACGACCCCCCACCAGACGAAAUAAUCUGGACGACGGCCCAGUUCCGCGAGUUACACCAGCGAGAAUUGCUGGUACCGCUGAAGGACUACCUCAGGCAGGAGAACGACCGGAUUCUCGAGUCGUACGACAUGUUCAAGGGCUUGAAUUUGCAGAAAUCUGCAACUUCCCCGCACGGGCGUCAAGUCGCUGGUAAGAUUGCUGAAACUGCUGCAAUUUCGGACGGUGAAAACGCUUCCGCGGGGUCCCGGAAAAAGUAUCUGCGGCGACAACGCGACAACUCGGUCUCCACAACGUCGUCCUCCUUGGGCGCCAAGCUACGGUUACAGGCAAAGGUACAGCUUUUGUUAGACGGCGUUCCGUGUUGUUUUUCACUGAUUUUUUGUCCGCACGGUAAUGAAGUUGCGCGCUUCCGUUUCAAAUAAGUAGAUGUAUUUUGGCAUUGGCUCCUCGGUUGGAUGCAAAAUAACGAAAUUUGGCGAAUAAGGUGAGUGCUUGAUCUUUUGUUUAUAAGAGAAAUACUUUAUUUACUUAACCUCCCGAACGCAGAUGGCGAAAGCCGAAGCACAAGGGCGAACGGAGCAGCACGCUAACAGAGAGGAUGCCAAAUCGUUCGAUCGCGAUGCAGUUCCCAGUACUACUGUUUCUACGAAACUGGAUCAAAGUUGCUCUUCUAUCAGCACAGGCAACAAGGAGCAGUUGGUUUGCAGUUUUGUGGAUUUGCGAAACGUCGUGGACAAAAAAAGCAAAAAAUCCGGAAAGGAGCAGCACGAAGCUCACAGACGGGGCGGAAACGCAAAGGACGCGUUGAUGUCUACUGGAGUCGCCGGACCGGCGAGGAGAAAUACCAUCGAGCGCAGUAGCAGAAAUAUCGAAGGAGUUGACACAAGCAAGAAAAGCGGUAGUUUAUUUCAGGCCGACACUUCUUCGGUAAGGACAAGAAGGGACCAUGAAACUACUCGCAAAACUACGCCACCAAAGUUGCUCAAGUCGCGGUCUCCCCUCGCCGGUGCGGACGGAGCAAAAAGCAAAUCAAAGAUCUCGACCGCCCCGAAGCCUCCACAUCUCCUCAAAAGCUUUGCCCGCGGUGCGAAGCGGCUCCUGGAGCGUAGUUUAUCGCGCAAUACAAGCACGUCCUCAGCGAAGUCUCGCACCAACGCAGCUCGCCGAGAAGUGAAAAGAUGGCUUGGGUGAAAGGACUAUCGCAGCCGAGCGCGCCUAUAAUUCUCUUGAACACAUAAGGAAAACGAAAGGAACCGUCAGUACACAUCUAACGAAGUACCUCUGUUUCUUAGUUCCUUGUCAGCAGGAGCAUGAAUUGAAGCAAAAAUAGAAGAUCUUCACGCAUGGAAAUUGCAAAGAUUUUAUUGUUUUGAAUGAGAAAGUGGAACUGCAAUCUCGGACACAUUGAUUGCAGAAGCGAGCGGAUGCAUCGCGUGUGAAACUGCUCUGCAACGUUUCUUUGCUUAGAUCCUCUUUGACGUUUUGCGCAGUUUUUGUGCCUAUUCGGUUCGUCGACGCGCUGGAACACAAUUGGUUCAUGCCAGCGUGAGCCGCACGUAAU